CUUUGAGUACGAGUUUGUUUCGACCGUUUUUGAAGAAUUUCACUGUUUGAUUUGUCAACUACCUUUGCGAGAACCAGUACUCACGAGGUGUGGGCACAGAUAUUGCAAGAAAUGUCUUAACGAGGCCAUGAAGAGACAACAAGUUCCUGAAUGUCCUGUUGACAGGGAAAGAUUGGACCGAGAAAAGGACAUAUUUCCCGAUAAGGCGACAGAAAGAAGUAUUUUGUCUUGCCAUGUGAGAUGUCCAAGCAUAGGAUGCGAGUGGACUGGGGAGACCAGAGAUGCCGAGACUCAUUUACAGACCUGCGCUUGCAGGAUGACUCCCUGUCCGAAUCCUCACUGUGAUGUCACCAUGGAGAAGAGACUUGUGGAUGACCAUGUGACCAAUACCUGUCAAUGGAGAAUGGUGCAGUGUGGAUACUGUGGUGAAAACCACGCAAAACGUGAUGAAGAGAAACACGCUGCAGAAUGUCGAAGACGUCCCAGCGAUUGUUCUAAUGGUUGUGGUGAGGUUCUUGCAAAGGAAGAGAUGAUGGCUCAUCAGGACGUUGUUUGCUCUCACACUGUUGUGAGCUGCCAGUAUGAUUAUUUGGGAUGUGACAGUAAGAUUAAAAGAUGCGACGUAGAAGAUCAUUUAGAGCAAAACCUCCGAUGUCAUUUUGAGCUGUCCGUUAAAAAACUUGCUGAUGUGCAAGACGAAACCAGAAUAUUGAGGCAGGAAAUGGAGAAAAUAAAGCUGGAUUACCGAAAAAUGGAGUCCAAGCUCACUGGAAUAGAUAGGGAAAUCACUGAAGUAAAACUAAAGCACAAAGAAAUGGAAACCUUCGCUCCCUUUAUAUGGAAAGUGACCGAGUUUUGGGAGCGAGUGAAUAAGGCGAGGAAAGACAAAGAGAUUCGGGUCGAAAGUGAUCCCUUCUAUGUCGGUCCUCAAGGGUACAAAGUGAAACUCGCAAUGUAUCCUAAUGGCACCAAAGAGGCCAAGAACGCUUAUAUCUCGCUAUAUAUUGCACUAAUGAAAGGGAAAUACGACCCCAUAUUACCUUGGCCUUUCCUAAAUAAAGUGACGCUUUCGGUUCUCGACCAAAACCCUAAUGUGAUGCAAAGGCACAAUUUUGUCAAGUCCUUUGUUCCCGAGGCUUCAUGGAAGAGCAUGAAACGCCCAGAGGGCGAGGAAAAUGAGAGACGAGGUUUUGGAAGGUUUCUUUCCCAUGAUAAACUGAGAUCAGGGUUUUAUCUUGUGGACGAUAUUCUAUUUAUUAAGUUCGAAAUAGGCCCAGCAGAUGCAUCGUAUUUUGCGCCUGUAAUAUUUAAAGCUUCCGUUUUUCAGUUACAAAUGGCGGCCGGUGGAGUGCCUGACCUUGGAGGCUACGAGUAUGAAUUUGUUGAAGAAAUUCCAGAUGAUUGGGAAUGUCUUGUGUGUCAGUUACCUCUAAAAGAUCCUGUUCAAAUCGAAAAGUGUGGCCACAGGCUUUGUGAAAUCUGCGUGGGGUCAAUUUUGAGAUCCGGUACACCCCUGUGUCCUGCAGAUCGAGAGCCGAUAUCAAGAGAGAGGAUUUUCUCUGAUGUUGCUUGCCAUCGUAAAAUACUGAAUGCCCAGGUCAAAUGUCCUAAUGAAGAGUGUUCCUGGAUCGGAGAACUUAGGCAUGUUAAGAAACAUGGGCAAGAGUGUCCCUACCAGCCAGUUCCUUGUGUUAACGAGGGAUGCAAUGAAGAGGUUCUCCGCAAAGAUAUCAUUUCUCACAUGGAGACCACGUGCCCAUGGUCCGUGAUACAAUGCUCAUUCUGUCCUGAUCGUUUCCCAAAACUAGAGAAAAAGGCUCACUGUGAGGCCUGUCCGCGCUAUCCCGUUGAAUGCAGUAACAAGUGUGGCGCGAACGACAUACCACGAGAAGAGGUCGGUAACCACACUGAAAAUCUUUGCCCUUUGACUGUGAUAGAGUGUGAGUACAGUGCCAUUGGAUGCCGAGUCAAGUUUCAGAGACGAGAUUCCAAAGAUCAUUUUGAUGCAUUAAAAGACACCCAUCUACACUUGGCCUGCAAGAAACUGAUUGACAUGUCCAAAACAGUCCAAGAACAAGCUCAAACCAUUGCACGUCUUGAAGAGAAGUUAGAACGCCUUCACAAUUCCCCCUUUAUAUGGAAAAUAUCGAACUUUGCCUCUGUCAUGAAGGCUGCUGAAACAAAGGAACGUCUAGUAAUAAUUAGUGAUCCGUUCUACUCUAAUCACAAUGGAUACAAAUUUGAGGCGGAGCUGUAUCCAAAUGGCUACCAUAUCGAUGACGAUCCUGGCAGUAAGGGAAAAUUCAUGUCAAUUUACCUCAGAAUUCUUGUAGGAGAAUAUGACGGUCUUUUGAUAUGGCCAUUUUACGAUUCAGUUGUGUUCACGUUACUAGACCAAAACGCGUCCGUGGAAAAGAGAAGACAUUUGCGUCAAGAAGUUCAGCAGACUCCAAAUGGACUCGCAAGACCAACAGAAGCCUCCGAAGAAGCAUGUGGUUCCUGGGAAUUCGUGUAUCACAACAAUCUAUACAAGCGUUCAUACAUCAAAGACGAUACAAUAUUUAUCAAAGUCGCGUUUGUGGAACACAAAGAUAGAAAGUUCUCGAGAAUUUUCCAUGGAGAUUACGAUCUAUAGUCCUGAAUUACUUGCCAAAGCAAGUAUCCAUUUUGAGGGAGCGAUGUCUAUACCUGAAUUUUUUUCGGUACAAUUUAAUGAAAAGAGGUUCAAAAUACACAUUUACAGUGAUAUAUUCAUCAUGAAUUAUGGUAAUGAAAUAGUUUAAGAAUUAAAACUCAAUAGUAAUCACGAUUGUCUUUUUCCUAUAAGUCUUUUACUCUACGAGUGAAUUCCAUUCAUAUCAUCAGUUAUGUUAAAAUACAGAGAUUCUAUGUUGUUGUGCUUCUGUCCAGUAAUAUAUGGCAGAUGGUGCAAACAUGUAGGAACCUUUAAUAUUGGGCUACAUGCCAGAUGAUUUCUAAUCUAUUUACCAGGCGUCUUUUAACAUAGUAUAAAAUUCACAGUGGAUCUUUACUUUUCGUAUCUACUAGAAUGUCAAAUAUAUGGAAAAUAUUUAUCUCACAAAA